ACCGUGGAGCCCUGUCCAAGGUGGGACGGGCAGCUCCGGGCGGGGGGCGGCCGCGCGUGCGCACACCCGCGGCGCCGGCUCCGCCCCGCGCCCACUAUUUAUUCCCAGAAUCCCUCUGUGUCGCACCAGAACGGCUGGAUCGUUCCGAGACUGCGGAGGUCGGGCGCGGCGGCGUCAAGAUGGCGGCGGCGGCAGUGGCUGCGGCGGCGGCGGCGGCGGCGGCCGCGUCUCUGCAGGUGCUGGAGAUGGAGAGCAUGGAGACGGCCGCCGCCGGCUCUGCAGGGCUGGCCGCCGAAGUCCGAGGCAGCGGCACGGUGGACUUCGGGUCUGGGCCCGGCAUCUCUGCAAUGGAGGCGAGCGGGGGCGAUCCGGGCCCGGAGGCCGAGGAUUUCGAGUGCAGCUCUCACUGCUCAGAGCUGUCCUGGAGGCAGAACGAGCAGCGGCGCCAGGGCCUCUUCUGCGACAUUACCUUGUGCUUCGGCGGCGCGGGAGGCCGCGAGUUCCGGGCCCACCGUUCGGUGCUGGCCGCCGCCACCGAGUACUUCACGCCCCUGCUCUCGGGCCAGUUCUCGGAGUCCCGCUCGGGCCGGGUGGAGAUGCGCAAGUGGAGCUCUGAACCCGGGCCCGAGCCCGACACGGUGGAAGCCGUUAUCGAAUACAUGUACACCGGGCGCAUCCGCGUCAGCACGGGCAGCGUGCACGAGGUGCUGGAGUUGGCCGACAGGUUCCUUUUAAUUCGUUUAAAAGAAUUUUGUGGAGAAUUUCUCAAGAAGAAACUUCAUCUCUCUAAUUGUGUGGCCAUUCAUAGCUUAGCUCACAUGUAUACCUUGAGCCAACUUGCACUGAAAGCUGCCGAUAUGAUACGGAGAAAUUUCCACAAAGUAAUUCAGGAUGAGGAAUUUUAUACUUUACCUUUCCAUCUCAUUCGAGACUGGCUGUCAGACUUGGAAAUUACGGUUGAUUCUGAAGAGGUUCUCUUUGAAACAGUUUUGAAGUGGGUUCAGAGAAAUGCUGAAGAGAGAGAAAGAUACUUUGAAGAACUUUUUAAAUUGCUCAGAUUAUCCCAGAUGAAACCUACUUACCUUACUCGGCAUGUCAAACCAGAGAGGCUGGUGGCCAAUAAUGAAGUUUGUGUCAAAUUGGUGGCUGAUGCAGUAGAGAGGCAUGCUCUGAGAGCUGAGAACAUACAGUCUGGCACCUUCCAGCAUCCCGCUUCUCAUGUCUCAUUAUUACCUCGCUAUGGGCAAAACAUGGACGUGAUCAUGGUUAUUGGAGGCGUGUCAGAAGGAGGGGAUUAUUUAAGUGAAUGUGUGGGAUAUUUUGUCGAUGAGGACAGAUGGGUAAACCUGCCCCAUAUUCAUAAUCACCUUGAUGGACAUGCUGUUGCAGUAACAGAGUCCUAUGUGUAUGUUGCUGGAUCAAUGGAACCAGGGUUUGCUAAAACUGUGGAAAGAUACAACCCAAAUUUGAAUACAUGGGAACAUGUUUGUAGUCUGAUGACGAGGAAGCAUUCUUUUGGGUUAACAGAGGUCAAAGGGAAGCUCUACAGCAUAGGAGGACAUGGCAACUUUAGUCCUGGCUUUAAAGACGUGACUGUUUAUAAUCCUGAGCUUGAUAAAUGGCACAACUUGGAAUCAGCACCAAAGAUUCUUCGAGAUGUCAAAGCGCUAGCCAUUGAAGACCGGUUUGUGUACAUUGCUGCCCGCACUCCUGUGGACCGGGACACAGAAGAUGGAUUAAAGGCUGUAAUUACUUGCUAUGAUACUGAGACUCGACAGUGGCAAGAUGUGGAAUCUUUGCCACUUAUUGACAAUUACUGCUUUUUCCAAAUGUCCGUGGUCAAUUCAAACUUUUAUCAGACAGCAUCAUGCUGUCCUAAGAGUUAUUCUUUAGAAAAUGAAGAGGCAGUAAGAAAAAUUGCCAGCCAAGUUUCCGAUGAGAUCCUUGAAAGCUUACCUCCAGAAGUCCUAAGCAUUGAAGGAGCAGCUAUCUGCUAUUACAAAGAUGACGUUUUCAUUAUUGGAGGCUGGAAAAACAGUGAUGAUAUUGACAAACAGUAUCGGAAAGAAGCCUACCGAUACUGUGCUGAAAGAAAGCGGUGGAUGCUUCUUCCUCCCAUGCCACAGCCACGUUGUAGAGCCACAGCUUGCCAUGUGAGAAUUCCAUACCGGUACUUGCAUGGCACACAGAGAUAUCCUAUGCCUCAAAACUUAAUGUGGCAGAAGGACCGGAUCAGACAAAUGCAAGAAAUACAUCGGCACGCCCUAAACAUGCGACGAGUGCCGAGCUCUCAGAUUGAAUGCUAGGUUCUCUAAUAGGUGCAGCUUAAAACAGUUGUACCUGUUUCAUGAGGCUGAGGAUACCCAGACUGUUACUUGAAAAAGUAUGUCGAUAACUUAUUUUCUACCUAAACUGAUUAUUGCCCCAUAUAAAGGAAAUAUAGUUAAAAACUGAAGAAUGGGAAACUCGAUUUAAUAUGUGGUAACUUUUGUUGGUUUGCAGUCUUUUUCUGUCUUUGGUUUGUGUGGAUAUGCUGGCUUAAUGAGAUCUUAUUAAUGACAAGUGGAAAAACCAAGUAUAGUCACUUGGGUGUUUUUCUGCCAACAAGUUAAAACUCCUUUGUCUUAGGGACUGUUUUGAACAUGCUUUAAGCAACAAUUUUAUUUGCACAUUUACUUUGAUAUUCCUUUUUAUUUUAUUUCCUGAAUGGCCGAUUUUGAAAAGGGCAGAAUAUGCAUUGAGCCCUCAUCUGCAGGAGGUAUGUGCAAUAGUGAUACUGAGAUUUGAAGGGAAAAGCACAAUAUUUCAGCAAGAUGAUUUCAGAAGAUUUGCAUUGAUAUUUUGUUGUAUGUGCUUAUCUAGAAGUGCUAGUUUAUUUCUAGAGGAGAUGACUGAUGAGAAAUUUGUGAUUGGCUCAUUUUUAAAAUUUUUUCAUUCUUCAGCAACUGUUACAGGCAUGGAGCCAUCACUUUGAGAUGAUGGUAGUUGACAAGAAUAUUGAUCUUUAGCUGAUUGAUUUAAUACAGAGGAAGUUAUAUAUGUGAAAUUUGUUUCUUUAAGGAGAAAAGUAUUGUAGACUGAGCAAUCAAAGGCAUUAAAACAUUUAAAUGCUUUUUUCAGGAGUCGCAGGUUUAUUUGAGGAUAAGUUAAUGAGUGUAAAUGAUGCCUAUGACAAUCAACACAAUGCCUUCAGUUUUAAAUUUUCCCCUAAUGUAUACUGUAUAGAAUCCUUAUUCCUUUCUAAAAGAAACCUUUUCCAAAUGCGAAGGAAGGUACAAUUUAGAGAACUGUUGCUAAAGAGAAGCCGUAUUGUUUCUCAGCCCUAGUUGUUCUAGUAUUUUAUCCAGUUGCCCUAGACU